UGUCUUUUUCUUUACUUUGAACUCUAGCGCCUCUAGCAUUGGCCAAUAUCAGAUUAUAAGAUUUCGCAACGGGGCCUCGCGAGAGUCAAACUGUCGCAAUGCAUUGGAUUACGGCAAGAAGGAGGCAAGCUGGCACGUUACCGUUCAAAAUCGAUCUUACGAUCGCGAUUGCAGACUAGCUGGUAAAAACGCUAAAAGAUCGCUUCGUGAACGUAACUGUUGUAGACAAUUGUAAUUUGUACGCAUAGACGAUUCCCGAUUCAAAUUUAAAAACCAUCGAGAAAGAUUUACAAAGGAGAUUCCUCGAUUAUCAGGAAUCAGAGGAGACCAAUAUCACGGUUAAAACCGAGGCCUUGAUAAAUACAAUAUAUCGCGCAGGCAGUGGCGCGGCUUCGCACGGUUACAAUAAUUAUUAAUAUAAGCAUCGUAGACGCGAGAUUGCACGCUUAAAAGUUUCAUUAAAGCGAAGCGCGGAACGCUUAAUUAACGAGAUCGCAGCCCGCUGAUAAAGUAAUCCCGAGGAGUUGUUCGGCAUUGGUACGAGAAGACGUUAGAAGCUCGUUCUUUUAGAGCGUACGCUCGUUACAAAUAAUUACCGUCGUUUAACCGUACACGAGUCUGCCGAGACGUGCCGGCGGCGGCGGCGGCGGCGGCGGCUUUACUUCGUUCCGUUACCAGACAUCGAUUACUUAGAAAACCAAUAGAGAUAGCGUCGAGCGAGUCGAGAGGAAAAAUCUGCUGGUAGAAAUUCAUAAUCGACGUAUCGAAAGAUUAUUUAAAGGGUGAGACAUUUAAAUUUUAAAGAGUCCGCAAAAUGCCGAGCGAAUGCCUACGUGAAAAUUCCUCGAUGCGCAUAAACUCGGUAAGGGCUCGUAAAAGAUCGAUAAGGGUACGCAACGGAAGGGAAGGAAAAUAAGAGGAAGGGGAGCGUACCAUAUAGGAGAACGCGAUGGGGCCCUUCUUUGCGAAGGGACACCGGACCCGUAGUACGGACGCGACAACCCCUCUACGUUCUGUGCGCACGCAAACACGGAGGAAAAUAAGGCGCGCCGAGAGACCGCCCUUCGCGCAUCUGCUCUUAAGGGAAUCCGCGUCUGGCAGUUUAUCGAAGGCAACGCUCGAGCACGGAUCGGACGUCGAAAUAGAAAACGAAAGAAAAAAGUUUUUGUUUUUAUAACCUGUAUAUAUCAUAGGGACCUUUUAGUGAAUCAUAGCGAUCUUGUAAAAUGUGUAAAAAAGAAUGUUUGACCGUGGACGUGGAAAUCUCGCCGAUUCGAAGCGUGAAUUUUUCCUUGGAAACUUGGAGAUCGCCCUCUUACGUGAGCACGGUUCUUCUGAUACUCAUUAACCGAUCCUGAAGAAUUCUAUCCUGUGUGUAGUUUAGUGAACAACAAAGAUAUAUUUCGAGGACUUUUCAAGGGAGAAAUAGUGAAGAUAGUAAGGAGAAGAAUAAAAGCGUAAAAAAAGAACGAAAGAGAGAGAAACGGAGAAAUAACGAUGGCACAAACGUCCGAGCCGGCACCCGUGCAUUGCUAUACGAAUCCAUCGUUUUGUCGUCAAUCCGAAUACAUCCCGGACGACAGAGAGAACCUACCACCUCCGCCACAAUUUCAAAGUACCGACGAGUUACCACCGCCGCCGCCGCCUUUGCAAAUGCAUUUACAGUGCGGCCAAAGCAAUCCCGCGUUUCAGGCUAACGCCGAAAUACGAAUCGAGAGGCAAAUCGAGACGCGAGAGGCCAGAGAGCACAGGCGAUAUUGUUAUUUGAAUGAGAAUAGAGAUCCAGCGCACAAGAGGUAUGCCAGUUUGCCGAUCGAAGAUCAUAACGUAAUCGGGUAUGGACAAUCCUCGAGGUACGAGUACAUUCAGGAGGAGCAAAGGGGUCACGUGCAGAGAAGGCCUUCCAUCAGGUACGAGUUCAUUCCGCGCCAGCAGGUGCAACGGCAACGUUCCGCGCCGCCGCUCAACCAAGACGAUGGACGACGGGGCCUGCCACGGAUACAGACGAACCAGAACAAUGGCGGAAGAUACGCGAUCGUACCGGGUGAACUCGAUUAUCCGGACGACGAUGACGACGACGACGACGACGACGACGACGACGACGACGACGACAACAACAACGACAACGACAAUGACAACAACGACGUCAAGAGAAGUGCUUCGAUCGGUAGACGAAUUUCACCGGUACGACGUGGUAGCGUAAACACGCUUCAGGGUCGUUACGCGAGAGUACCUCUGCAAGACGAGGACCCUCCGGCCCUCCCGGAAAGGAAUCUUCAACAGGAAUACCCGAGGUCGCCGAGGAAUAAUCUGGCGACGAAAAGACUUCACGAGAUAUUGACGACUCCACGGAAGCCAAGGUCUAGAUCGGAGGAACGAACCCUAUCGCCUAAAAGGCAACAGAGCGUGAAUCAAACCGGUACGCCACAAAGGAGAGCUCUCACCCCAGUUGGAUCACCAAGCGGUCGUACCUUUAGCCCGACCACUCGUACGACUCCCCAAGGAACUCCGCAGAAUCGAGCGUUUCCAACGAAUGGCCCUCAAACCUCGACACCGAACAAAGAACCUUCGGCAAGGAGGUGCUUACCCCUCGUUGAAAACUCAUCCCGACAACGGGACGUAUGUCCAGCAAGUAAUUGCGGCAAACUUCGUUACGUUGGUACGGCUCCGGUUGAUCUUGCAUCGAUGGUUUACGGAGAGCCACCGCCUCGUUAUGGAUAUCUCGAAAAUGGUCCGGAAUCUAUGCCAAUGGUGUCCGGUUCUCCGAGGUAUCAGGUACUUCCGGCCGAUCAAAAGAGGAACGGCUAUCAGAGCGUGGAGAGCGCGUUUAUCGCGAGGACCGCCGUAGUACCACCGUUAUCUCCGCCGCAUAGCGAGGUUAACACGACACUGGUAAGCGCAUUGGAGAAAAAUGAUCGUAGAAAUGCCCCGCUCUUGCUCGUAUUGGUAGGCGUUUUAACCUGCGGUCUCGCUAUUUACCUAUCUUGGACGCAAGGAAGAAGAUAUUACUUCGACAGUGCCGUCGGUUGCGGCGCCUGUUGCGCUCUAGCAGGAGCUUGCAGAAGUUUAAGAAGAACCUGGACAGGGCUGGGUCUCGCGGGACUCUCGGCACUGAGUUGCGCCGGACUCUUGUUACUCGCUGCGAAAUCGCCCAGACCAGGAACUCCUCUUCACGACGUCACAGCCGGUGCUUUGUGCGGAGUUUCGCUUUUAGGUGCCAGCCUCGCGCUCCUUGCCGUGUUAACGCCAAAGUGUAACUUGGGUAGACACAGAAGAGUGCACUCUUGGAUCCCUCGGCUGUCAUCUUGAGUCAUUUAACAAAUUUUCAUGAACUCUCGUCAAUAUAUUGAAUUGGAUUCGUUCAGGGCGGACGACAUACUCAUUUUCGGAUCGUCGCUGCGAUUAGAAAUAACACAACGUAUCUUAGUCCAGCCGAUAUGCAUGGAGGAUACGUUGGAAAGUAUUUUCGUAUUUACGAGCGACAACGGUUAAAUCGUUUACUCUUAAGCAGCGAUAAGUCAAAAGUUCAUUGAAGAAGCCAAAAUCGAUUUCACGAUGUGCGUGUACGUGCGUGUGAAAAGUAGGUAUAAGAAGACUCGUAUCAUCCAAUUCCUAUGACCCAAGUGGCCUUGUACUUUUCGUAGAUUGUAAGAACCGACGGUCUAAUAAAAUUUCUACGUUCGUCACCAA